UGUCCUUGGACAUGAUCUGUUCCUCAAAGCCUGUUUGCCUCUCAGAACAGAUAAUGUCCAUGGACAAAUAUCAGAGCAUAUUUCCGUGCCAAAUGGAGUCUAUUGUUUACAUAUCAAAAUCAUUAAUUUUUUAUAAAUAUGUAAUAUGCAAUGUCACAUGUUGUUAAGUUGGCCAUAUUGGAUUCCAGCAAGUUAAAAAAGGAUGGAAAAAUUAAUUGAUCCAAAGUGUGAAACAAGCAAAGAAAGGAAAAAAUGAAAAUAACUAAAUCUGCAAUGCUGCUUAAGAAAAGUAGAUUAAGAAAUAAUUAAUUCUGUCCAAAAAGAUGAAAUUUUGUUUGACCUGCUUGUCAAAAUGUAUUUGCCAUAACUUUGUCUCUUGACCCAUACAAACAGUUGACACUCCAAAGUUUUGUAAGGGAUAAAUGUAACACAGGAGGGUUAACGUUUUUUAUUGUUUUUAUACCAACAGGAUAAUGCACGGGUAGGUGAUGACUUCAUGAAUCAAAUUCAGACAAUUGCUGCCUAUGUACCAUACAUGACGUGUCCAGGAAAUCAUGAACAAGCUUACAACUUCUCAAACUACAGAAACAGGUUUUCAAUGCCAGGAAACACAGAAAGUAUCUUUUACAGUUGGAACAUUGGGCCCGCACACGUCAUUAGUUUUUCAACAGAAGUCUACUACUGGUUAAAUUAUGGAAUUGAACAAAUUGUUCAGCAGUAUGAUUUUCUGAAAAAAGACCUGCAGGAAGCAGCGUCACCUGAAAACCGCAAGUUGCGUCCAUGGAUUAUCACAAUGGGUCAUAAACCAAUGUACUGUGAUAAUAAUGAUGGCGAAUACUGCAUCAAAACUAACCGUGUGAUACGCAAAGGAAUCACAUCAAAACAUUUGUUUGGUUUGGAAGACUUGUUUUACAAGUAUGGUGUCGAUCUGACGCUUUGGGCUCAUGAACACUCUUAUGAACGACUGUGGCCAUUGUACAACAUGCAGGUGUGGUAUUUUAAGUCAACUCGUUCUGUUAGUUCUCAAUGUACUAUGAAAAUUCUUGCGAUUUUUGACAUUUUUAAACCUCCAGGAUUAGAUAAACAAAGCUAAAGUCUUUCACUUUCGUUAUAUUACCUCAUGACUCGUUCAUUAGUUAGCAUAGUUACAUGUUUCAAAGGAUAAGCUAUUGGUGAUUUCAGUGAUUUUCUAUUGAUAGUUGUACCGAGCAGGUGAAUCUGCAGAUCUCUAGUGUGCGCAUUUUUGACUUGUGACCGUGAAAGUUUUGGUCAUAAAACUUUUUCUUAAUCAUACCUUAUUUGGAACGUUUCGACGGCAUAUCAGGCAGGCAAAUUGGACUAGACACACUCCAGCCAAAAUACCCAUUGCCAGAUACAAUGCCGCCAGAGCGAGCCAAAAAUGGAAUAAUUAGGUACGUAUUCACCGUACCCAAAUUCGGCCGAGAGUUCGUAGUCACAUCAGGCCAGUUACGUAAUAUAGCAGGAUAUCAGGACAGUUCUGACACGGCUUCUGAAUGGCUAGUUGCGAAUUUAGGUAUCGGUAGAUACACGUACGGCAUACUAGUUUGUUCAAGAAAUCAAGACUAGCAGGACGAGGGAGGCUUGUGAUCCCGUUUCACUCAAGAGUUUGAGAAAAUUUGACAAAAUUCACGCGCCACACAUACUUUUAGCUUAAUAACGGUUUUUACCAUAAAUUCACGAAUCACGUACCGGUAUGUCUUUUGGUUGCUUUUAACGCGUUACCCGCUAACUUUGCCCUCAUCACGUGUCGCGUAUAAACUCGUAAUUAAAACGUUGUCUGACUCUUGGCACAGUCUUAGCUACAAUAGUCUUCUAAGCCUGGCGCGUAUAUUAAUUUAGCUGCAGGUCAAGCGAAAACUCUCUUAUUGCAAAAAAGGCGACUACAAUUUUCAAUUUCUUCGGCGGCAGGUAAAUUAAAAACCUUUCAGAAUUGAGUAAUUUCUACAGCGCAUUAGUUACUAAUAAAUAACUAAGUACGUUGAAGAUUUGCUGUUAUCGAGAGAGAAUAUUGAACUGCUAUUAAAAUAAGGGGAAAAUGGUAUUGCCAGUACUGUACUGAAGUUAGUCUUAGGAGCAAAUAGAUCUGUUAAAGAACAUACCUUUAGUUCCUCGUCAGUCAAAUCACAGACCAGACGUUCUGUGGCAUUAGUGGUGUGCAUGCGAUCUUUUUAGCAGAGGAAUCGUGAACUGGUCGCUUCUUCAGAUCUUGAUUAUUUACUUGCAAUGUCAACAACACCUUGAUUUUAUUGGAAAGUGCUAUUAAUAGAUUUGGGUGUAUGGAACUUUGCAAUCUAUGCAUUUUUUCUGUUCUAACAGUGUAGCUGACGAAAGCAAACGGCGGAAAAUUCAUGUAUUUCUAAGUCAGCAUUUCCGGCAAUCAAGGCGAAAAAGCACCACCACUGAUCGGUUGUAUUGAUAACGUAUAGAUUUGACAGCAAUAUGAAUGAAUAAAAUGCCCGGGAUUCAAAUAUAACCGAAGUCAACUGUUAUAGAACAUCUCCUAGCUACUGUAUCAUUCGCUGAUUCUUCGCUGCAACGACCUCUACAAAAGUAGACUCGCGCGCACGCGUCCGAGAAUUGUAAGGAACCAGGAAAUGUUUAGUUUAACCUUGGAUCUUACCCUUCAGUUUUCAAACAAACGUUUCAGACGCAAUGCAGGUACAAGUUGUUUAUAUUUGAUUUGGCUACGUGCCUGGUGUAUGGACAAACAGACUUCCCUUUGAGUUAGUUGUAGAGUAUCGCCGGACCUCUGUCUCAGUGUUAAAAUCGCUUCUCCGUUGAUUAAUUUUAGUCGUUUCUCAUCGAAAGCUUUAUUACACCAGUUACGUUUUCUUCAUCAAGCUUACUUAAGAAUGAUUUCAUCAGCUUACCUAUUAAUAUUAAAUGAGCGCUGUCCCAAGAUUAUCUAUGCAAUGAGGUUUGAAUCAAGGCAUAUUUUUUGUUUAUCACUACCUGUAGUACAUAGUAGUAUAAACGGUGCUCUUCAGCUUGUGACAUCACAUCCUGGACUUAAAGUAAUCUAAAGUUAUCUUAGUGUUUUUCCCGUUGUUCAAUGUAGCAUUUUCCUUGUUCUGAUAAUUAAUUAAGUUGACAAGCGUAGCUAGAAUUUUUUCAGGAAAUACCUCCACAGUCAAUCCCUCAAAAUCGUCUUGUUCCUGUUCGUCUUUGACGUCAAUCCGUCUUUUUUUUUUUUGAAAAAAAGAGCGGAGUUUUGAUCAGAAGUGCUAGUAUGAGGCAUUUUUGUGGUUUCACGUUUAUAUUUUCUAAUUAGUUCCGGUCAAAAAAAAAAAAAAAAAAGCGUUUUACGUAACCCAACAUAGCAAGGAUCCUUGUUGGCGUUACUAUUAGUCUCCUUGGCAGCCGUUUUUUUGGGAUGUCACGGAACGCUCGUGACAUUCCAAAAAACGGCUGCGAAGGAGACUACGUUACUAUCGGCCCAAAAUUAAAAGGCCAGACGGCCAAUUUCCUAUUCAUACACCAUUGCGAAUACUUCAACUUACAGUUCUGGGGUUUCGCGUUCCGUUUCGGUUAUAACGCUUUACAUCAGAUCAACUUGAAGCUGUGAAAAUUCCUUCUUUGAUUUGUUUGGACGCUUUAAAUAAGUUUUAUUCCCCAUAUCAACAACUAGCUGCAACUAGUUUCUCUGUCAGUGAAAAACCGAUUGUCAAUCUUCUCUCGCUCUUGCUGGAGAUGGCCGUCACAACAACAGGGUACUAUAAGUGCUUUUCAUGAUAAAGAGUAUGUAUACGGUUAACUACUGCUAUACAUACCAGUCUAUGUAUUCCGUGGUGUUAGAGAAUCUCUCUAGCAUAUGCCAGUACGGGAAACAAAGAUUUGACACGGCUUGAGUGAAGUUAUACAAUGCUCAUGGAAAUAUUUAUAUUUUGCCUUCGAAACCGAUUGAACAACACACGCUCACAUGGUCUAGACAAACCGCUAUGGAGAUUUGCAAUUUACGUUACAAAGUUUCUUCAGUUGACAGCUAGAUCUUUGCAUGCACCAGCAAAAUUAAGGACGUGGUCAUUUAGUGCUUUAUUCUAAUAAUUCUAACAAUAGUACUUUAAUAAAACAAAAGAUGGACUGAUUCUUUGUUAUUUUAUUAUUAUUAUUAUUAUUAUUUUUUUGAGAGCUAGACAGCUGACUUAUUAUGGAGCGUCAGGUGUUUGACUCGUGAUUCUAAUUAACCCGGUAUCUAUCGUGAUGUUUCGAAGUAUCGUAAAGUUUUAAAAUGAGUGACUAUAUAUGGAAUGUAACUAUUUUUGAAUGAGGCUCAGUGACAUGCGCCUUACACGUACAUUGACGUUGGAUGCCCGGAUGUUCGUAUCACGUGCAAAUUCGCUACAAUAAGUAAUGUAACUAUCAAUAGAAUAUCGAAGGUCCGCUAAGCCUCCGUUUCCUCCGCUAUAUUGUGAUACGUGACAUGCUCGGCUGGCGAUCAAUUUAUUGACGUCAGAAGAGAAAAAGAAUAAAACAAGAGAAAUCUUCAGUCGUAAAUUCACGUUAUGUUUUAUAACUUAUCUUUGACGGGAAAAAUAAGCUUUUUGAAUGUGGUUGAAUAAAUACAUUCAGUGCAUCAGCCCAAAAUUAUCUCAAAACUUAUCUAUUGAUGCAAGUAUUACUCAACACAGAAGUUUUUAACGCUUCUAAUCUAAUGUCCACAUAAACUGGUGGAAAAAUGGAUAUUUAUUUUUAUACACCACGAUAUUGCGCGCACACACUGAUUGGCUGAAAAUUGGCUAGUCUCAAUUCAUCACAUUCAUCUCAACUCAUCACAGUAUAUAUAACAAAGAGUUUAAUUUACUGAUUCAGUUUCGUACAUAUUGUUAUAUAAUAAUAUCUUAAUGCACGAUCUUAGCCAUAAUAUUGAGCAAUUUCGCUCCCAAAAGUUCAGCUUGGACACUCGAGAAAAUCGGCUCAAAACACACCCUCGCAGCAUUAGUUUCUUAGUGCACGGGUCAUUUUUGCAAUUUAUGUGCGUUGGCUUUUGGGCUGGCGUUACAUAUCUUCGCUACACAGUGCUGAC